GAAGGUGCAUCUAGAUAUCACUUAGCCACGCUUUACAUUUAUUCACGAUUAAACUUUGCGAUAGAUCCGCCUAAGCUCAUAAAAACUUGAAGCUUCACCAUCCAGCCAUGGUUUCAAGUAAAUAUUAUAAAGGUUGAACUCCAACUUUAAGGGCACUCACCGUCCCGAUCCUGAAGCAUCGCGAGGGAGGUAAAUCGCUGAAUGUACCCCAGCAGAUCAGGUUUUUAGGUAAAUAUUAUAACCUCAACCAAACAUGGUCUUAGUUGUAAAUGAACCAAAAAGAGUGUUCCUGGGUGAGAUGGUAUUUAUCUUUCUAGGAUGUACAAAAACAUCAGAUGCAGUACUAACACAAGGCGUCUGACCAUCAAUUACACAAUUAUAUAGAGAGAGUUUUUGUGAAACACCAAUAUAAUUUGUAAACAAGAUUUAAAAAGUUUUCUUCUGAAUCAAGGAGUGGAGCAAGAAAUUCAAAACAGCGGUUGAUUCUUUAGGAUUCCUCGGCGUAAUUUUCAUCUGAAUCUGAACCAAAAUCUGGUAGUAACGAACACUAUAUAUGUAGAAAAAGGUGAAGGAGGUGAAGAAGAACCACCAGAACAACCGCCGCCAAAAACGUUUGUUCUUGAAUUCAUCUGCUUCCUUUGAGGCAAGUGCUGAACAUGCAAGAUUGCGGGGAAAAUGGAAGAGAAUACUCGUAGCCAACAAAUACCGUCGAGAGUAGGGCUGAGGAACUGUACUGGCAGCGAUAUAGGUGAAGUCCAAGGCUGCCACAUUGUUCGGUCCACCGGGAGAAAAGACCGGCACAGUAAAGUAAGCACCUCGAAAGGCCCUAGGGACCGCCGUGUACGCCUCGCUGCUCACACUGCUAUUCAGUUUUAUGAUGUCCAGGAUCGGCUUGGCUAUGACCGCCCUAGCAAGGCAAUGGAUUGGCUCAUUAAAAAGGCUAAGUCCGCCAUUGAUGAGCUCGAGCAACUUCCUGCGAGGAAUCCCACAAAUUUUUCGGCAGAAAAUGCUAUUUUUGAGCAAGAACAGGCAUGUGUGGUGGACCCUAAUACUGCGGGUUCUUCGAGUAAAAGGGCAAUGACGAUGUUGGAAAAUGAAAAUGGGCUGCAAGUUUUGCACCAGAGCAGUAAUGAGGAUCCCAACGCAAGUUUUCUUCCACCGUCCUUGGAUUCGAAUUCCACUGCAGAUGCCAUGAAGUCACGUUUCCCAAUAGGUUCUCCAAGAACCAGAAGCCAGAGUCAGGAUCUCUGGCUUUCUUUGCAGUCAUUUCAAGAUCCACUUAUGCCCCACCAGCACCAGCAUCCUCAGCCGCCGCACCACAAGAACCACACCCACAACACCGAAGAGGCAUAUUCUCAGCAUCAAGUCCCACUCAAUGGAACUACCUUACUGGGAUUUGAUGGCGACUAUGCAGGGUUGUCUGAACAUCAUCAGCACCAGCCCACAGAAAUAAGCCGGUUCCAGGGGCUGGCUCCUUGGGACACCGGUGGAGAUAUCUCCGGUGGGAAUGGUGGAGCAGCAGGAUAUCUGUUCACUUCUCAGCCAGCGCCGCAGCCAGGGCUGCAGCACCUAUUAGGUCAAAGCCAGUUCUUUUCUCAUGGGGGACCCCUUCAGUCCAGCAGCAAACCUUCAAUUCGUCCAUGGAUGGAUCCGUUAACCAUACUUAACACCACGUCAGACCAUAGCCACCAGCAUCAUCAUCGCAAUCCGGCGGCCGUGCCAAUUUAUUUAUCAUCAAUAUCUGGUGUUGACUUCACCUCAACAGUAGGCGGAUUCUCAGGGUUUCACAUUCCUGCACGAAUUCAAGGUGAUAAAGAGGAGCACGAUGGAUAUACAGACAAGCCAUCCUCUGAUUCUCACCAUUGAAUUGCUCUCCUCUUCAUGAACAGACUAUUACAAGUGACUCAAUUUCCAGGAUGUUAUCUGUUUGUCAAGAAUCCAUGAAAAUGCAAGUAUUCCCUGUCAUAGAUGAUUCGUGGUUCUCAGGAGAGUUUUCAGUGAGUUAAAUUCAAUGAUGCUGACCGUGGGAAAGAAGAAUACUAAGUCUAGUUUCAGGUUUUCAAUCCCAGUUUGCCAUCAUAUUAAUCAGUUGUUCAAUAUUCCAGCUUUAUUUUCAUAUUUUCUAAUCUGAGUGACUUAGUAGAACUCAACUUUGGUUCAAGCCAUUUGAAUUUCUUUCUGUUUUUUCUUGUUGAACUUGUUAUUUUGCUAUCCGAAUAAUUCUGUCAGGAAUUAGGUCUA